CUCGUUCCGUUUACAUGUUAUGUAGAUCUGUACACACCUUACCGUAAAUUAGCGGAAAGUGUCGUAAAGCGAUUUACCAGCUAGCUUUUAAUUUAGGUUUGGUAGCAACCAAUGGAUGUUCUACGCCCACCGCUUAUCAAGAUAAACGGCAGAAUAUAUCGAAGAAACAUAGUUAAAGAAGAACACUAUGAAGAAGAAGAUUUCUCGUACAUGGGACCAUCUGAGAGUGAAGCUCUGGAAGAGGAUGAAACCUGUGACAGCCACGUCAUUGAACAAACAGAUAAGGGAUACCGCUGUGCCAUUGAUGUCCCGAGUGUUCUUUACAAAUAUAUCAUUGGGAAAAAAGGAGAAACUCGGAGACGUCUUGAAUUUGACACCAAAGCCUCAAUCAGCAUCCCGAAACAAGGAAUAGAAGGACAAAUCGUUAUCACUGCCGCCCAAAAAGCUGCAGUCUCCUCUGCCGUCACUCGAGUAGAAGUCCUGGUGGAGAGUUUCCGAAAGAAACAGCCCUUCACUCACUUCCUGUCUUUGCCUUUGAAUGACUCCAAAGUUCAAGAGGGAUUCCAGACAUUUAAAGCUGAGGUGUUGCGACAGUGUUCACAGGAUCACAGAGUGGAGGAAAGCAUCUUUCAAAACCCUGCAAAGCUUCAUUUGACAAUUGGCACCCUGGCUCUGUUAAAUGACGCAGAAGUGAGAAAAGCCUGUGAACACCUCCAAGAAUGCCAAAGAUUUAUCAGGGACAUCACUAAAGGAAAGCCUCUGCCGUUGGAAGUGACGGGUAUAGAGUACAUGAAUGAUGAUCCAGCCAUGGUGGACGUCUUGUAUGCCAAAGUCGGUGUUAAAGAUGGAUCUGACAGGUUGCAGAUGAUUGCAGAUCGGCUGGUGGAGCAUUUUGUCUCUGCAGGGCUGAUGGUCAGGGAGUGGGACAGAGUGAAGCUGCACGGUACUGUCAUGAACACGCUGUUCAGAAAGGACACCACAGUUGAGAACAGGGGCGGAGCAGGAAAACAAGCCACAAGUGAAAGAGAGGCUUUUGAUGCCAGGAACAUAUUAAAGAAAUUUGCUAAUUACAGUUUUGGAGAGUUUGAGCUGAACACUGUCCAGCUGUCACAGAGGUACUCAACAGACUGCACCGGAUACUACUCAUCUGCUGGGAGCAUAAGCUUCUCGUGACCUUUAUCCCAGCUGAGCGUAAUAUUCUGAGGUCUUCGCCGGACAGAAAAUGAUGCUGACCAAGCCCCAACAGAUCCAAGCAGCGAAUGGAAACAUGCAGGCAAACUGUUUGCUUCCCCGCAUUGCAUUCCCUCACAGCUUUCCGUAAUCAUCUGCUGUUUACCAAGAAUUCUUGAAGAAAUCCUCGGAGCUCUUUCACUGUGUGACAAUACGAGCGGCUGUGAUAAGCUGCGCGGCUCAUCAGGACUCUUUAGACUCGCAUGUGUUGUUUGCAUUUGUAAUACGACGGGAAUAUUUCCAGAUAAGAAAGGCUUCAAACUGCGCUGCGUACCGCCUUGUCUGAUGUUAAUAAAAAAAAAAAACAUUUCCCAGCUUCUGCUGCUUCUGUGAAAACUCAAUAAGCUUAGUGAAGGGUGGACUGGGUUUAUUAAUGUGCAUCAGUUUGGGGAGAUGAACUGGCAUCAAGUCAAUCUCUUUAUUCUUGAACUCAGUCUGACAAACAUGACUCCUAUCUGCAGAUGUAAACCAUGCGGCGCUUUCAUGACUAAAAUAAAAAGCAGCCGCAGUUUCUGUUUUGAUGGAUGUGAGCAAAGUUUUUGCCAAAGACGAUCACAGACCAGUUUGAGGCGGUAACAUGAUGUUCAGUUGCACAUGCACAUAAAAAUGGCUAAAAGUACAGAAUUUGGACCGUUAAAAAACUGAUGCCUGCAUGUUGUCGACACUUAUGGAUCAGAUUUAAAGAGUAAAUCUGAUGACUGCUUUUAUUGCACUGAUGUGCAAUAUCAACAAAGUUGGUUCAUUCACUUUGACUUGAAUAUAUGACAGUGACAUGAAAAGUAUGGAAUUUAAUAGUCAUGUGGUUCUUAAUCGUGGUCUGUUGAAUUUAUCUUAUGGACGUACUGUCGGUUCACAACAAAUGUCAAUUGGUUCCUAUUUAUAGGAAUGUAUAGUCCGAUCAGUCACAUUGGGAGAUUUAAAUUCAAUUACAUAAGUUCGGUUUAGUUCUUUGUGGGAUGAUACGGUGCAGCCAAAUAUUGAAACUGGUAAACAGAUUUCUAUCCGAGGAAGCCCAGCCAAUCGCAUUGAGUCUUUGUACUUAAUGCGAUGGGAUAUAUGUUCUUUCAAUCAAGACUGAUGAACCCAUUUUUUCCAGAUAAAGAAGAAUUUAUUAAAAUGUUGCCAUUUUGUUGAGAUAGUCAAUAAGGAUUGCAGAGUGGAAUUAACCAAUGUUUUAUGGAUCAUUGUGAUUCUCUUUCAUGUUUCCCCUUCUGCCUAAAAAUAUGUUUAGAGACAUCUGGUUAUUUAAUUUAACCUGAUAUGAAUAAAUACUUCAAUAACCUGAAAA